AUGAGCCACUUCGGUUCUCCCAAUGUCAUCGACAUCGUCUAUUGCACACAAUCACUCCUGCCCGUCUCAGACCCCGAGCGGUCACAAUCUACACUGCCCUCUGAAAAAGGCCUGAAACCAAUGGCUGAUUUGAUGAGGGCACUUAAAGAUAGAAGCAGAGCUCCCCCGAGUGAUAUUCUCGCCAAGGCAUUCCAAACCUUUUUCACAAUGCGGCUUGAAACGCCAAUGCUCAUCAGCCAUUUCCAAGCCCGGGCGCUGAUCGUCACAUUCAAACAUCUAAGAUCCCAACAAGGCGAGAUGGAAGAAGAAGACUGGCAGAAUGUUUUCUCCAUUGAGAACCUCGAAAAAGUGUUGGAUGUACUCUCCGAGUCUGGGUGUGCCCCACAGGCUCGUGAGGUUGUCAUGAACCUUGCCCGUUACGCAUACCAAGAACUGAACCUUGAUCAUGGAUUUGGUACAGGGAAGAUCAGCCGACCGGCCCUUGGUCUCUAUAUCAACAUUUUGGCUAUGAAUGGCAAUCCCGAGGAUGCUAGACAUACUUUAUUGAAGUUUUGGGGUCAAAUGAGCAAGGCUGUCCCAUCGCCCUGGCUCACAAUUAUGAAAGGAUUUGCGAUGAAGGACGAUCUACGACAGGUGCGCAGGAUUGUUGAUGAAUGGGGAAACCAUGGCAACAAGUUUGACCAAGCCUCACAUGGAGAGAUAGUUAGAUUUCUCGUUGACCAUGAUCAAUGGAAAGCGGCCCAAACUGUCUACGACUCCCCAAUUGCCGAUGGCUCAGAACCGUCCAUGGCUGCCAAGGAGGCUCUCAUUAAAUAUUAUCUCUUGAAUUCCCGGGCAGAGUUGGCCGAGGAUAUCUUCAAGUCUCUCCCUGAUGAACCCAAUGAAGAAACCGCUGGGAUCAUUUUGCUCUGGGAAGCAGCAAAGGGCAGCAAUGCUUCUGCUCUUGCCCAAAAGGUUGAUGCAUGGACUGCGAAGAAUCCUCAGCUCAAGGGCUCCAUCAACAUUGACAUUGUUAAUAGCCUUAUCAAGUAUGCAAACGUGAUGCAGAAUCCGUCGUUGGCUUCUGAUUUCAUGAUGCUGGCAGGCCAGUGGGGUCUCAGUCCAGAUAGCCAAACUCAUAUCUUACAGUUGGAUUCCUGCAUCCAGGCUGGUGAUGUCGAUGAGACUUUGAAAAUUCUCGAAGAGAAGGUUGAUGCGACCUACCUUACAAGUCACAACCUGCCCAUCGCCAACAAGCUCGUCGCGAUGCUCUGUAGAUCCGAGGAAAAGGACGCCUUGUUCGACCAAAUCUCCUCCCUGCUAGACCCGCUUUUCCAAGAGAAUGUGCGCCUAGAAUCUACAACCAUUGCCGCAUUAACACACAUGCUCCUUUACCGCCACGACCUCGAGGCUGUUUCAGAGCUACUACGCCCGCGACUGGGCAGCUACAGCGAUGAGCAGAAGAUGCCGGUGCGCGACACGCUAGCAGAGUACAUCAUGGAUAAAAGCCAGUCCGAUACAGAUGCGUGGAAUGCAUACGAGCUUCUGAAGAUCGCAUUCCCAGAGACGUGGGUCUCAAUCCGCACCAAAAUCAUGACCUCCUUCUUCAACCGGAAGCGCAGUGAUCUUGCCGUUUUGGUAUUUGGACAUAUGCGUCAAGCCGACGAAGCCGAUCGACGCCCUAGGCAAGAUACUUAUGCGCGCUGCUUCCAAGGCCUGGCUCGCACGGCAGAUGCAACUAAUCUGGAGCUUGUGCACAACAUGCUCAAGCUGGAUCUUGAAGUGGAUCUCAACACGAGAAUCCUAAAUGGUCUGAUGAUGGCGUACGCCGCGUGCGAUAUGCCAGAAAAGAGCAUGGAAAUCUUCCGGAAAAUCCUCCAGUCGGAGGAGGGCCCUUGUCACAAGACUAUCACAAUUUUCUUCAAAGUCUGCGAGAAGCAUCACAAUGGCGCCCAGGAGGCUAUAAAGAUGAUGAGUAAGGUCAAGAAGCUGGAGAUCACUGCGAACCGCCCGCUCUACUCGGCGUAUAUGGAGGCCUUGGCAGCGCAGUGCGAGUUUGAUCUGGCCGUUGAGGCUAUCAACAAUAUGGAAGCUGAGAUUGGGAUCCCCCCUACAAGCAAUACUAUCGGAUUAUUUUACAACGCUAUCCCGUACCAAUACUGGAAAGAUGAGGUGGAGAAAUGGGCAAGUGAGAAGUAUCCCGAGCAUUGGGCGCAUCUGAUGACGAUCAAACGCACUGAUCAAGAGGAUGGGCUGGAGUUUGACGGCAUCUCAAAUGAGUUCCGACACAAUUCGAAUGAUGAAAUAUCUGAAAUAAUCUCCGACGAUGAGUGUCUGAAGAAGAACUACCGCAAAAUCGCCGGACGAUCCAACUUCGGCCUGGCUGAGCAAACAUUUUUAUAUAAAGGAACCAAUGCGGAGGAGCUUAAAUUCGAGAAAUAUGAUACCUGGUCUGCGUGCUACGAGCAGUUGCGCUCUUCCAUGGAGAAAAAUGAGUCUGCAUUGGAAAUCUGCCUCAUCACCCCCGACACUACGAAUCUUGGUCGUGUAUUUUCCUUCAUUCACAGAGUCUUCCUUCUCGGUAAUGAGCGUCUUCAACAAGCUUAUUCUGUGCCGAGUCAAAUGGUCAUCCGAAUUCUCCAAAGCCAGUGGAGAUUAGGCGAUGCGACAAUGAAUGAAAUUACGGAAAGCGUAUGUGCAAAGGAGCUUUCUCUCCCAGCAUGGAAACCAAAUUUGCCAUCUCAUUGCAACAAGGAACCAGAAGAUUACGCCCGAGUGCCAUUGAAGUUCCCCUUCAAAUGGAUUAAUGCUCCAUACUACGUGACGGAUCUUACAGUAUACGUGUUUCGGCCAUAUGGAAAACAUCCUCAAGUAAAGACUCUGGAUGUCAUUUUGACAUCGACGGAAUACGAGCAAGUUCGGCGAGCGAUUGUGGUUGCGAACUCUCACAGCACCUUAGUGAAAUUACGACACAACUUUCUCUCCGAAGUCUUUCAGGAUGAUGUUUCCGGCCUUCUGUAUAUCAUGCAGCUCUUCCGAGUUGUAUCUGCUAAGGUUACCGAGGAGCUUGUCACAUUCCUGACAAAAGCAUGCGAUGAUAUCAAUUAUAUGGCGUACGAAGGACGGCUUCGUCCCUCUGCGAGCAAGAUGCAAUAUCUUCGACAUCUAGAAGACUGCCACCGUGUAGCCAAGGAUUGCUGUCGAGAAAACCGAUGUACCCUUCAGAUGCUGGUCGACCAAAUUAACCUGAUUGAAGGGCAUCGUGCCGAUGAUGAGAUAACCCUGAUCAACGAGCUCGAAAUGGGAAUGAAGGACCUAAGCUACCUUUAUGAUGAAGUUGAGUCGUCUCUGCAAAGGAUACCAGAUGUAUGUCGAGCCGUUCGCGAGCAGCUAGAUUUUCUCCAAAUACGUCGAACAAGUAUCUUGGGAAUUCUCGCCGGACUGUACUUGCCACUUGCAUUUGUGGCUAGCUUCCUAGGAAUGAAUAUCGACCAAUACACGUUUGAACCGUCGUGGCGCAAUGUUACCACCAUUGAUCCAACCAAUCCAGAAAACAUCACCAUAACCAAAUCCAAGAUCGUGGACGAUAGAGCCAACCAAUCAUGGUCUCUGGCGAACUUCUUUGAGAUUGCGGUGCCACUUAUGGUUGGCACAAUACUUGUACCCCUUAUCAUUGGAAGCAUUAUUCGAGGGUUCCUGCAAGCCCUUGGACGCGGAAGAAUCUGGUGGCGACUUUUGUUUCCGUUUAUCCUUGUCGGUUAUUCCAUCUUUUCAGCCAUAUUCAUGGAGCGGUUCUGGUUUGCUCUGGUGCUGUUUGUACCGUUUUAUUUGCUAACUUUGCUCAACGUGUUGUCCGCGUUCAAAUCAGCCUUCUCUUCCAGAGGCGAGAAAGGUCAUUGGAUUCGUCUCACUUACUGGCUCAUGAACACGGCCUGUUUGCUAUGUAUUGGAACGUUUAUCGGGGGUGAUGUCACUUUAGGGAUCGUUGGGGCUGUUUAUGGGAUUUCUCUUUUCGUUGUAUGGUGGCUUAGGCCGGAUUUCUAUUACAGAUGGGAUCAAGGAAGAAGACCAAAAGCGAAGGAAACUUGA